AUGAAGUUGAAUUCCCUGCCGCUGGUUGGCGGCCCCCAGCUUUACCAGGAAUUCUGGAGCCGGCCGGGGUCGAAACCGUGGACUUUAGCCACCACCACCACCACUCUGGGCUUGUUCCUGGGGAUCGGUGCACUGUUCCUUGCAAGAUCCUACCUCUCGACAGAUCGGGGUGCAGAAGAAGAAGUUUCUGCACCGGAAAGCGAUCAUCCUGCACUCAAAACCCACUCGACUACACGGCCAUACAAGACGAAGUACGCAGAAUAUCCCUCUAUAAGGACGUUCUACCAUCCUCACGCUCAUGCGGAAAAGUCACAAGUCAUCGCAGACCUGCCUUUGCUGGUAUUUAUCCACGGGCUGGGCGGCUCGUUGCCUCAAUUUGCGCCAUUGCUGGGUAGUCUGGUUAAUAUCGCCCCGUGCUUUGGACUCGAUCUGCCGGGCCAUGGCAUGUCGGCUUUCUCGCCUCAGGCUUACAAUGCCUACGGAACCACAGCAUUUUGUGAGCUAUGGCAGACGGCGAUCCGGGAAAUCUGCGAGGAGCACGGACACAAGAAGGUCCUGUUCAUCGGUCACAGCAUGGGCUGCUCGAUCGCGGCUCUGUUGGCCACCGAUCCCUCUUUCCCGCUCGAAGUGGUAGGGUUUGUUGGCAUCUGUCCGAAAGCAACACCACCGUCACCAUCAGAGUCUGCCUCGGCAAUGCGAUUCCUCUCGUUGCCGGAUCCGGUGCUCAACGUCUUGCGCAUGUUGGACAGAAGGGGUGGAGUCAACUCAAAAAGCGUCGAGAGAAUGGCCGGCAAGGCUGCAGGUGUAGACCUCCGACGUCUGCAAUUAGCAUACAACAAGAGCUUCAAGACGCCCGUAUGGAAGCGCUCAGCUUUGGGUUGCCUACCAGUGUACGACUCCGUCGGAAAAGCAAUCGGCGGUCUGCCUGGCAGGGAGGUCUGGGCCAGAAUCCGGGUGCCUCUUCUCCUCGUAGCAGGAGAAGCAGACACAGUCACCAAGCCGACCGAAGUCGCAAAGAUUGUCUCCUUUCUCGAGGAACCAGCACGCCAGAGCAUUCAAGACGCCACCACGACAGCAGAACGACCACACAACACUACCGAUCCCAUACCUGACGAUACGCCAACAACCAGCCAAGAUAGCGCCAACGACUCUACAGCGGACGAACGCAAAUUCGGCACCCUCCCUUCCACCACAGAGACAUCCAGCCACAAUUCGAAGGUGGUAAAGACGGCCAUCCUGCCCUCUCCUGCCGCCCACGCCCUGAUGUACGACCACUCGACCUACCGCACCGUGGCCGGCCUGAUCGAGGACUUCCUCGCCCGCUACAUCUCCCCCCAACUAUCCCUCGGCUGGCAACUCCAACAACUCACCACCUCCGGCAAAUGGGACGUGAAGAACCUGGAGAAAUGGAAAAAGGUCCUUCCGGUCUCUGGCCCCAUCGGCCAUCCUCCCUCGCAAGGCAUAUUCCGGGCGUUGAAGACACUGAGAGAGCAAGACGAAAUCCACACGCCGAGCGUAUUUCUGAAGGAGUGGCGCGACAAGAUCUUCGCCGUGAUUGACAUCUCACACGAUUCGCCCGUCUACGACACGGCCUCGCUCGAAAGGGGCGGCAUCCAGUACCACAAAUUCCCAACCGUCUCCAAAGUGCCGCCCACAACCGUCGAGGUCGUGGACUUUAUUGCCCUCGUCGACCGCCUCCGCGUGGAACUGGAACAACAACAGUCGGGCUGUAGCAAAAACAUUGGCGUCCACUGCCACUACGGGUACAACCGCACGGGAUUCUUCAUCUGCUGCUAUUUGAUCGAGCGGUGCGGGUAUCGCGCGCAGGACGCGCUGGACGAGUUUGCGGCCCAGAAACCGCCGGGCAUCAAGCAUGAGCAUUUCAUCGAUACACUGUUUAUGCGGUAUCAUGUCGGACUGAAGAAGGCGCCGACGCUGGUGGGGGCGGCGGCCAUGGAGGACAAUCCCCAGACCCGGAGUAUGGCGGGCUCGGGCGUCGAGAGCGUGGGGUCUACGGAUUCAUAA